AUGAAUAUCCUAACUAAAAAUGACACUUCAACGAAUAAUAAAGAGAAAAGAAUUAGUGUUGAAAUAAUUUUAGAAAGUAUAUUUGAUGAAUUAAUAUAUGAUUUUAAAAAAAAAUUCAUAGAAAAAAUGACUGUACUAAUUAAUGAAAUAGAAAAUGAUGGAUUAAUAAUGAAAAUCGAUGAAAAUAAAAAUGACAAUAUUAUUCAAGAACAUGAGAAAAAUAAAAAAGAAUGCAAACUAUAUAAUGAAAGUAUUUUGGGUGUAUACUUAAAAAGCUUUACAGAUAUCAAUAAAAAGAGCUUAUUAAAAAAAUUGCAAAAAGAAAAAAAUGAAGAUACUGACAAAAUAUAUAAAAAAAUCAAUUAUAAAAGUGAUCCUAACGAAAAAAUAAAAUUUUUCAAUUCAUCAAAAAGUGAAAGUUCAAACGUUAGUACUCAAAAAAAGAAAAUUAAAAAUAAUGGCUCUUGUAACAUAAGAAAUGAAUUAAUUAGUAAACUAAAUAAUGAAAUAAAUAAUGAAUUAGAAAAAAGUAUAGAAGACUUACAUUAUUCAUCAUCUAAUUCUAAUGAUAAGUACGCAUAUAAAAAUAUUAGUAUUAAUGAAAGUAUAAUUGAACUUAUGAAUUCAAAUAAUAUCAGGAAUUUAAAUAUGUUAGGUUCCUCAAAUAAUAAAAAAGAGAAUAAAUAUUGUACUAAUAUAAAUAAUAACUAUAAUGAUAAAAAUAUUAUUUCAACAAGGUUUUUUAGCAAAAAUAGAAAAUGUUUUGAUUAUCAUAAAUAUGGGAUAAAUUCAAAUUACCAUAAAGCAUCUAAUGAUAAAAUAAUAAAAAAUAACGAAAAAGGUUUGGAUAAUAACAAUGAGGAUGAACAAAUUAAGAAGUUAAAAAGAAAUUAUAAUUCCAAAUCUUUAACUAGCGAAAACAAUAAAAUAAAUAUAAAGAAAAAAUGUGAAACUUUUGAUAAAAUAUGUGAGAACAAAACUGAAAACAGUAAUUCAAAAAUGUUCUUAUAUAAAUUAGAAAAUUAUAACUUGAAAGAUUGUUUAGAAGAUGAACUAAAAGAAAAAAAAAAAUUGAACAACUGCAGACAGAAUGAAUUAGUUUCAAGCAAGAGUGGUGUGAAAAACAAAAAAAUAAAUGAAUCAAAAAAAUACAAGCAUUUAUUUUUUGAAGUUAUUAGAGGGAAAAGGAGGAAACAUUUAGAAGGAUUUGAGUGUAAAGACUGUAAAUUAUUUUAUAAUGAACUAUAUUCAGAAAAUUCUGAAUCAGAAAAUUUUAAAAAAAAUAAAAAAACGGAUGAACAUAUACAAAAUAUAGGGGAAAAAAUGAAAAUGGUAGUAAACGAUGAUUCUCUUAAUGAAAUUGUAAUCAAAAAUAAUGAUAAAAAUAAAGAAUAUGAAGAAGAAAUUUAUAAUGAUUCUACAAAUGAUGAUGUAAAAAAAAAUAUUCAAAAUAAUAAUAUAUUAAAUAGAAAACAUAUUAACAGUAUUCUCUACGAGAACGAUCAGACAAAAUAUAAUUACGAGUCUAAUAUUAGUUUUGAUAAUUAUAAAUAUACUAACAAUUAUUCUCUUGAUAUAAAUAAAAAUUAUAAUUUAAUAAACGAAGGAAUCAAAGAAGAAAGUAAUGAAAAAGAAAAAGAAAAAAAAAAAAUUAUUCAAUCCUUUUCACGUCAUAGAUAUCAUAGUAGGAUUAAUGAUUCACCAAAAAAUUUUUGGAAUUUUGAUUUUUUUAAAUAA